AUGGAUUUUGUAGAUAGCGUCGACGAUCCUGUAGUUUUCUUUACGGAUGACAGGGACAGCGAGAUCUUUUCUAGAUCUUUGGCGACGCCGAUUGCAGAGGGUGAGGUCUUGGAGGAAGAUGAGCGAGUGAGGAUUAUUAACGAGAUAUUUGGAGCUGGACUUGCAGCGUUUGGUAACGUCGGGUUGAACCCCGGAAAACCGAGCUGCGACUGCGAGCUGAACCAAUAUCAGCAAAAUAAACCGCAGGAUGGCAAUAGGGACUCGUGUGAAAAGUCACAAUCUUCAGUACCCGAUGGGAAAGCGACUAGAACGGUAUCCGGAAUGCCCGUGUUGUCCAGGAGGAAGUCCAACCCCUUUUAUUGUCCGUCGAGACAGAUCAUGGAUUUAGUUUCGAAAAGGAGGAAAGCGAAGGGUCCCAACUUAUUGAAGAGCCAAUCUAGCGGUCCGAUUCUGACCUUGAAUCAAAUGCAUGGCGAACGCAAGGCAAACAAACGAUCCGGUGCUGGUUCAUCGAGGACAAGCAGACCAUAA